CUGUAUGACGAAAGAACUAUGUGCCGGGUCUGAGCGAGGCAAGCACGGCUGCCAAAUCUCCUUGAUACUCGACCGAUAGACAGUAGACAAUGUCUUUGCUAGCUGUUCUUAUUGUGGUUCCCUUUUAUACUUAGGACAAGGCACGGUAUUCGCAAGGAGACUAGUGCUUUUUUAAUCGUUAGCAGGCUAAGGCUCCUGGCGCGCAGCAAGCAUACAUGAUGAUGACCGGAAAGAUAAGCAAUGACACGAAACUAUGGAAUUCUACGUGGCGCCGCUGGCUUUUCGGCGUCGUCGUUGUGGCAUGUGUUACCACCCGGUUCGCCGCGUCGGCCCUAACAGGCCUGGCGUUACCUCCUUUGGAUGUGAAUGCCAUGCAAUAUGGUGGAUCUUGGGCGAGCGCGAACAGCCUGGUCUUCACAGACCUCAUGAAGCACUCCACCUUCUUCGGUACGGGUGCUCGAAGCGCCGGCACCAACAGCACCUGGGGCUACCUAAACCCCGCCCUCAUCACAUGGAGGCUGGACGGCUACCCCGCAGGCCUGACCCCACCCAAUCGCACCCAGUGGUGUGUAGUCACCACCAUCGGCCAGGGAGGGGCAUACUACCCCGCAGGCCGCUAUGUCCUGCUGUACGACGGUGAUGGUACGGUGGAACUGGAGGGUGACGCGGCUAGCCCACCCGUGUCCUCGACUGCGGGUCGGCAGGUUGUGGAUGUCACACCCAGCAGCACGGGCCUGCGGGUGCGAAUCACCGCCUCCAACGCCUCCAACCCCGUUCUCAACAUCAGGAUCGUGCCGGCUGCCCUCGAGGCCACGUACGCCACCACCUCCGUGUUCCACCAGGAUUUCCUGGCCAUGCUGCAGGGCAUCCCGCUACUUCGCUUCGCCUCCUGGAUGCGAGCAUCUUGGAACCCCGACAGCUCUCGGAACGCGCCGCGCAAUUGGACCGCUCGUACGACACCCACAUUCAGCUCGCAGGUUCGCGAGUCGGAUGGAGUGGCAGUAGAGCAUUUGGUUCAGUUGGCGAAUACCGUUAACGCAAACAUGUGGAUCAGCCUGCCGCGAGCCGCCAACGACUCGGAUCCGUACACGUACGGCAUGGUGUCGUACAUCGCAGCCAACUUGGCGGUUGGUUUGUCGUUGACGGUUGAGUACGGCACGGACGGCCCCGGUUGGAUCUCGAGUCACCUGCCGACCAACACGAAGCUCAUCAGUGCGAUUGCGAGGCGGGUGUGGGCGGCGGCGGGUCGACCGGCGUCACAGCUGAGGAUUGUGGAGGCGGUCCCGGGGGCCGUUCUCCUGGGAAAUCUCUGGGUCAACUCUGGAUCUGAUCUGUCGUACAUCGAUGCAAUCGCCAUGCCCGCUUCCUUCGGCGGCAGCUCCCACUUUGGUUGGAACUUCGACAACCCCACCGGCUGGUCCUCGGGUUCCUACUUCGCCACGACCAGGAAUCUGACACUGGAAUACGUACUGCAAGUUGUGAGGGCUUCCGUCAUCGCUUCCGAUGUUAUGCACAACAAACAGUUUAAAAUCCUCAAAUCCAAGGGUCUGCCUCUGCUGGGUUAUGCAGCGGGUCCAGACAUGCUCGGGCCGCUGUACGGAUCCCGCGCGAAUCUGGAUCACGUGAUCCAGAACUGCGGCGGUACUUCGGUCACCUGGCCAUGCAACCUCAACACACUGUAUCCGCCCUGGACUUACUCGGGCGGCCCCAGCAGUAUCAGUUGGGCCAAUCAGGCCGAAUACAACGCCACAGUGAACGGCAUACUCGCAACCAACGCCUCCAUUGAAGCAUCUCUGGAAACCGUACUGCGUCAAGUACGACAGCACGACAGUAUGUACGACAUGGUUUUGGAUUCUCUUUGGCGCUGGCAUUACCAGAUGGGAGGCGGCGACAUCGUCAUUGACAUUGCACGAUCCGCCGGCAGUUGUACGUACGCCCCGGGUAUUCGAUCGGGCCGUUACAUGCCGGACGAGUGUGCAACGAACGCAACCGCCGCGGCGGCGCUGAUUGUGGGACGUCCGACCGAUUCGCCGACGUAUAAGGCCCUUCGGACAUGGCUCAAUGCGACGGCGACGGAUGAAGGUGAAGACGAGGCGCCCAAUGUCGGCUCGCUUCCGCGAACAUUGGUCAACGCGACGUUACAGGCGAUUGCGCCGCCGCCGAAGGCCCAAUGCGAUCCUAGCUGCGUGUACGGCGACUGUGUCGACGGCGAGUGCGAGUGCUGGGCCGGUGUCACUGGCGACGCGUGCGAGACCCUUGGGUCGGCGUCGACUCCGUCGGCAUGUAAUCAGGCGGUUGGCGUGGUACUCGAGGGGAUCUCGGAUUGGUCUCGGAGCUGGACGUUUGUCGACGUAUUCAAAUCGUCGCGAGCCUGGAUUCCGCAAUCCUUCGCUUCCGGAUCCGCUUGGAGUACGGGUGCGACAAUCUACUUGAUCAACAGUACGGACGGACCCGGUGGCCGUACGGCAGUCGGUUAUCCGUCGUACUUGGAUACGCUACAAAAGGUGUCAACGUUGGUCGUACGGGAUCUGGAGGGCCACGUGCAAGGGGGCUGGUACACCGUGCUGUACGACGGCAAGGGCCUGCUGGAUUUCUCCAUGUCAGAUGUGAAGGACGUUCAGUUCGUGGAAGCUGGCUAUGUUAGGGUGCGCUUCAGCCCAUCCACGGAUAUGAACAAUGGCAUUCUCGUCGUGUUGGAGCGCACAGACCCCUCCGACCCGCUCCGGAACAUCCGCGUCAUCACUCCUGGCUACGAACAAGCCGCACUUUGGGGCGGCAGCAGCGGUGCUACCGCUGGAGGCAAUCUGACAGCUGCAGCAGCAACAGCGAGCGUGGGCCGGCCCUUCCAUCCGGAGUUCCUGGCCUACCUGCGGCCCUUUGGCCUGCUGCGUUUCAUGGAGUGGAUGCACGCCAACCUGGAGGAGACGAAGCAGCCUGUGGAGUGGGAGGACAGGCCGCGGCUGGAGGACAGGUCCUACGCUGUCGCCCCCGGCGGUGUCCCCCUGGAGCUCAUGAUCAAACUCGCCAACACGCUCGGCGCCGACCCAUGGUUCAACUUGCCCUACGCCGCAUCCGACGACUACAUUGCUCGCUUCGCUGCCGCCGUUCGCGACGGCCUGCGUCCCGACCUGCGUGUGUAUGUGGAAUACAGCAAUGAGUUGUGGCACACGGGGUUCCCCGGCGGGCAGUACGCGCAGAGGAUGGGGCUGGCGAUGAAUCUGACGGAGGAAGGGAGCAAGUGGUACGGUGGCGCAACCAAUGAGGCCCGUUUGUGCUUUGUCGGACAACGUACGGCAAACAUUAGUAAGAUCUGGAAAUCCGUUUGGGGUACCGGCGCCAACGGUAACGCCAGCCGCGUGGUGGUUGUGGUUUCGGCACAAGCAGUCUGGCCCAUUACAAGUUCCAAGCUGCUGUCCUGCGGAGGAGCUGCGUCGUACAUUGACGCCCUCGCGAUCGCUCCGUACUUUGGAUCGUACAACAGCAGCCGGGAUAAGAACUUGACCGUCUUUAUGAAUACCACGCUGCCAUCCCAGAUCAACGACACCCUCAACUACGUGGCUCAGCACGCUGCGAUCGCCGCAAAGUACGGCAAGACUCUGGUGGCGUACGAGGCGGGGCAGGGUAUGAACGGGGACGGGUCCAGCAACGACCUAGCCAUUCAGGCCAAUCGCCACCCCACCAUGGCCUCCCUCUACCGCACCUACCUCCGAGCUCUAGCCGCCGCCAACGUUAGUCGUGUCGUACACUUCUCCAGCAUCGGGGUGUACAGCAAGUACGGCAGCUGGGGCCUGAUGGAGGCGCAGGACUGGGACCGCAGGGACGCGCCCAAGUACCAGGCUGUCAUGGAGUUCAUCAACGCCUCCAAGACCUGUCCGCUGCCCUCGCCGCCCGACCCCAGCACCUGCCCCGGCCACGGCAACGGCUGCAACGACAACGGGGAUUGCCUGCCGGACGGCACCUGCGCCUGCUACAGCGGCUUCAGCGGGCCGGAUUGCGGCACUGUCGCGUAUACGGAUGUCUAUAACUGCGGAUACAGGUGCACGUUCGACCAGGGCUGGUGCAACGUGAGCACCACCUACCGCACCACCCGCACCUGGGGCUGCACCUGCAAGCCGGGGCUGGGCGGGCUGGCGUGCAGCCUGGUGGCCUGCCCCAACAACUGCAGCUGGAACGGCGAGUGCCUGGACCAGGGCGUGUGCUCGUGCUACCCGGGCUACAAGGGGGCCGACUGCAGUCAGGACUGCGGCUGUGGGGGACACGGUCGCUGCGCGGAAGACGGCAGCGGUGGCUGCAUGUGCGAUGUGGGCUGGCGGCGUGCGGCGAAUGGGAGCACCUGCGAGUGGGAUUGCAGCGGCUGCGCGCCAGGCACGACCUGCAUCGGGCCCGGCGAGUGUGGUUGCUCCGAGACCUGCGUGUACGGCACUUGCUUUCACGGCUCCUGCCGUUGCUGGGCCGGUUUUGGAGGCCCUGCUUGCAACAUUAGCGAGGCAGAUGCUGCUGCUGCUGCUGGUAAUGGCGGCGGUAACGGCACGGGAGUGGAUGUGGUCCCCCGGAUGAACCGUGGGUCGCUUGCGGGUAUAAACCUGGCUGGUACGGCAUACUACUCGUCGGAAUGGAUUUGGACGAAUGUGAUGAAGAGUAGCAGCAAGUGGUAUACAAGUAAUGCUGCUGACACGUCGCUUGAGAACAGCUUUGACACGGAAGUGCCUCUGGAUCUGCGUCCCGACGGCUACCCCGCCCGCCUGCCGCCCAACACAUGGGCGCACAAGCUGAUGCUCCGAGACCUGCAGUUUCACGCCUGGCCGGGAAGAUAUGUCGUUCUAUACGACGGAGAUGGACGGCUGGACUUCAACUUUGACAGUCGUGUAGUCAGCAGGUCGAAGAACCGUCUGGAAAUUAUCUUCACGCCAACCGCCGACCUCACCUGUGCCGCCACCUUUACCCCUUACUGUACGGAUAACGGCAUGCACCUGACCCUCAAGGCCACCAACCCCGCGAACCCUGUACGCAACAUCCGUAUCGUGCCGUCGGGCGACGGCGCAGCGGCGUCCGCGGGCGGUGGCGGUGCGGGCGGGGCGUGGGAGGCGCGAGUGGAACGAGCGCCCUUCCACCCUUGGUUCCUGAAGAGCGUUGCCCGCUAUCGGGUCCUUCGUUUCAUGGGCUGGAUGUCAACCAACAACGACGGCGGUUGGGUCAACGCAACCGCCCAAUCCGGCGGCGCCUGGGCCGCUCGUACGACACCAUUGCGCGACAGCCAGGCUCGUACCUUCACCGGCGUUGCUCUGGAGCACAUGAUCCAGCUGUGUAACAUGGUGGGCGCCGACCCAUGGUUCAAUGUGCACCACUUGGCGGAUGAUGUCUUUGUGACAAACAUGGCGACGCUGAUCCGGGAUACCUUGCGACCGGACCUGAAGGUUUACGUGGAGCAUUCGAAUGAGGUCUGGAACUCCCUCUUCUCCCAAAACGCCUACGCCAAGCAACAAGGCCUGGCGCUGAAGCUCUCCAACGAUAGCAACGUGGCGGCCUACCGAUACCAUGCCCUGCGUACGACACAGAUUGGAUCCAUUUUCCGUACGACAUUCGCCUCGGCGCCCGGCGGUGGAUCCAGUCGUAUUGCCGUCGUACUUGGUGGUUGGGGCUACCUGUGCAGUAACGGUGCCGGUUGCGGCGCGACGGUUAUGAAGGAGACGCUUGGAUGGAACAGCACGGCAAGCAAGGUUGACUACUUUGGUGUCACGGGUUAUUGGUCCUGCGGUCUGGGUUCCAAUGGUGCAACCGACGUCCUUCUAACCGUUGACGCCAUGAUUGCGAAAUGCAACUCCACCCUCAACUCAACCGAAGCAGAGGCCAAAGCACUGGUCACAGCAGCCAAAUCCUACGGCGUUCCCCUCAUUUUGUACGAAGCCGGACCUUCCAUUGUUGAGUCGGCCGCCAUUUCCAACAGCGGUCAAACUGCUGGCCUGGCAACGAAGUUCGUUGCAGUCAACCGACACCCGGAGAUGUACCGACUGUAUCGCUCGUACCUUGAGGCGUACCGACGAGCGGGCCUUAUCGCUGAAGGCCGGCCUUGGAUGCAGUUCGCUAGCACUGGGCUGCCUAGCCCGUACGGCAGCUGGGGCCUGCAGGAGUAUACGGGUCAGCCUGCCUCCGAUGCGCCCAAGUACCGAGCCAUCAUGGACUGGCUAGACGCGCAAGCAACCUCGAACGCCACUACCUCCUCUCCUCCUCCUUCUCCUCCUCCUGCUUCCUCCGCCGCCGGCAACACCACCGGAGCUGCGUCCAAGCUGCUGCGCCCGCUGUGCAUGUCCCUCCGGGGCGCCGGCGGCGCCAGCGGCGGCGUUUCCGGCGGCGCUGGCGGGGGCGGGAUGUACUUGGGUGAGGGAGUCCUAUCGGGGCCCCCGGCAGUGCUGCUGCCGGCGGCGGGCCAGGUACUGGUAUCCGGCCUGACGGCAGCUGUACGGUGGUCGACGGCUGGUUGGACAAACAGUGCGUCGUCGUCGUCGGCGGCGGUUAGCAUUUCGUUGUGGAUUGAUAGCGACUGCGCCACGGAUCCGCCGCCGGCCGCGGGCGCGACGCAGCAGUUGCAGCAGCGACCGACGUCGCAGGCGAUUGCCCUAGUGACGGCGUCAUCGUCAGUGGCGGCGACGGGGCAGUAUGACUGGCGCGUGCCGUUGCCGUCGGAGGUGUCGUCACUGGCGGCGGCUUUAGCGACGGCGGCGAAUGGUACAACAGUCAAUGGCGGCAACGCGACGAAUGGUGGCGGCGCCGCCGGCGUAAGGAGGGUCGCUCGCUUCUUCCUGCGCAUCAGCGACGGCGUAACGACCAACUACUCGGAACCGUUUGACAUUCAACCACCAUUCAACUACGUGACAGGCAACUGGAGCACCUGCGAUUGCACGACCUCGCCGCCACAGCAGCGCCGUGACGUCACCUGCAUCCCCAGCCCGUCCGCUGUCGCCGUCGCCAAUUCCUCCAUUCUCGCCGCCCUCUCCGCCGCCAAUUCCGUCGCCGCCAUCUCCACCCUGAAUGUUACCCUUGGCGUCCCGCCGACGCCAACCCCAGCCUGCGGCGUCUUCUCUAACUGGAACCUAACCGCUCCCAACAUUCCAGGUGACCCGAUCUGCCAGAUUACGACAGACGGUUGUCGUACUUAUCGCACGAACAACCUAGGUACUUGGUACUAUUCCAACUUUAAGCCUGUGACGGAUUGUACGGCACAAACCAGCCCUUGGCCUCUGUCAGCUGCUGCGGCGGCGGCGCCCGUGUCGCUCAGCGUCUGUGCGGCAUUGUUGGCGGCGGCGCCGCCGCCAGCCACCCAGGCGUGUCCCGCCGCCGCCUGUCCGACGAACUGGCCGGCUCCGCUGACGUCAGCAUCCCCGUCGCCGCCGCCGCUACCAGCGCCACCUCGGUCGCCGUCGCCGUCGGCGGCGCCACUCGCCUCGAUUCCUCCGCCGUCACUCACCUCUCAAGCGUCGUCACCGCCGCCGUCACCAUCCUCAGCAUUACCAUCACCGCUACCUCCAAAACCCGCAUCCGCAAACAACCCUACCUCUGCGCCUCCGUCACCACGACCGCCGUCACCUUCAUCAGCUUUGCCUUCACCCUCACCACCACCUUCCACUUCCGCCACGAACCCCACUACCGCUGCGCCUCCGUCGCCGAAACCGCCGUCGCCCCCACGCUUCCCGACACCGCCGCCGCCAGCGCCGUACUGCACCCUCAGCAGUACGGCAACGGCGAUUGCGAACCUCAAUGCCGGCGCCGCCACAUGCAGUACGACAACAAGCGGUCAAUGUGACGACGGAACCGUUUGUACGGCAGUUGCGGAUUGCCGCCGCUGGAGCUGCGACACCGUUAGUCAGACAUUGAAGCAGGUUGCUUGUUCCGCGCUGUGCUUGCCUCGCGCACUCACGUUAACGGGUGCUAGCAUUUCAGAUGACGGACGCUCAGUGGUGGUUACGCUGUCGGCUCGGCCAGCUGCGCUAACGCGAGUGGCCGUUGGGUCGGUGUUCGACGCCGCCUCCGCAGCAUUGUUGGGCGGCGGCGGUGCGCUUUGUAGUACAACGACGUCCACGACAUCUGGAGACGCGGUGCUGACGGUGACGCUUCCCGCAAACGCUACCAUUGGGGCGGGUCAAGUUCUAUCGCUGCUGCCGUCGGGGUCAGCGCUGGUUGGGGCCCUAAACACCUCGCAAUCCUUCACCGGCAGCGUCAAGGUCGCCUCCUGCAACAACUGCGUCUCCCCUCGGGCACUCCUCUCCGGCCCCUCCACCCUCACCGCCUCCUCCUCCUCCUCAAGCACCUCCUCCAGCUCCUGCCAGAGUACGACGGGCUCCCUGCUCGCCGCCUUACUCGGUCGUCCGACCCCCACAUUCGACGCCUCCCAGUCGACCGACCCGUCGGGUCGGACCCGGUGGGCGUCAGUACGGUGGUCCGUACCUUCGUCGUACGGCACUGCUGCGGGACGAGCCGUACUGCAGGGGGCGGUGGAUCGUACGAACGCUUUGUCGGAUAUGAACUCCCGCCUGCGGCUGUCGCUCCUCAGCAGCGAAGAAGAUGCCCUGGAUGAGGCAGUGGACUUUAGGCUGCAAGUGGAACUUACCUCCUGGCUCGGAACCGCCGCCACCGCCACCGCCGGCUUCUCCAAACCCGCAGCCGCCGUCGCAGCAGCCGCGGGUGUCGUACCCGUGGUGUCCAUCGUGGGACCUGCCGUACAAACUGCCCGCAUCGGCUCCGCGCUGAGACUGAGUGCGGAGGUUGCUGGCGGCGGUUGCAAGGGCCUCACCCUCUCCUGGACUUGGAGCUCCCCUUCCGGCUGGUACGGGCUGCCGGCGGCGGGGAAGUCGGGACAGCAGCUGGUGGUGGCCGCACCCCUGCCCGCGGUUCACGGUGAGACCAUCAGCCUCAGAGUAACGGCGGCCUACAUCAACGCCUCCACUGGGGCUAGCGCAGGCGGCUCCUCAGCCUCUGCCGAUGUGCUGCUCACCGUUGUGGGCUCAGCUCCCAUUGCGACGCUUGCGGGCCCCAGCGGUGACGUGCCGGACGACUCCACACUCGUCCUGAACGCGACUGGCUCCUACGACCCGGAUGACUCCUCCGCCUCACUCACCUUCCUGUGGGACUGCAGGCGUGAUGACUACCCCACUCCCUGCUUCUCCUCGGGAGACCAAGGGGCCUUCAACGGCAACGGAGCGGUGUGGACCCUACCCUCGGGCUUGCUGACCAGUGGCAGGUGGUACACGUUCACCGUGACGGUGGUCAAGACAGUUGCUUCCGGUGCAACUCCUCUCAACUCAAGUGCUUCAGUCACCUUCCGCCCGCGUUCCACCACACAAGCCUUCCCCAGGGGAACCCUCACACGGCAAUGCAGUGCAGCCGCUUGUGCUGUACCGCACAGUGCGGAUCAAGAUCUAACGGUUUUACUACAACUGUCAUCACCGUACGACACUUCUGCUACAGCUGCUGGCAUCAGCGUCAGUUGGGCUAGCGCCGAGGCGUCGGCUGUUGCCGGACUUACGGCGGUUACUACGACUAACGGUACAUCGUACCUUCUUACCGUACCAGCAGCCGUACUGCCGUCCACUCACAGCAGCAUCUCGAUUGCGGCGAAUAUGACGGUUGUGGCAACCGGCGUUAACGGGUUUGCCGCCAUUACGAUCGCGCUCAAUGGUGCUCCGUACUGCUCCCUCGCGUCCGCCAACAACUCGGCAUGCUUGACCGUUGACUUGGUCAAUGCGACGUUCCCAACCGCUGCUGCCAAGCUAACCGCCGUCGGUUGGGCCGACAGCGAUAGCGACACUUCCGGCCAGCAACAACUGCAGUACGAGUUUGGUGUACGGCAAUCGUCGUCCGUUGGUAGCAGCAGCACUAGCGGUACGACGACCGUUGACCAGAUCCAGCAGUUGGGAUCUGCCACGUCAGCAACGAUUAUCGGGCUUCCUCAGGGUGUCGUACAAUUGUACGGAUGCGCCAUCGAUGCUUCGGGAUCACGGACAUGCGGAACCGUUAACGUAACGGUACAACCGCCACCAGCAGGUUUCGAUCCGACAUCAUCCCUCGCUGCGGUGGACGUAACUGCACUCGCACAAGCAAACGAUCAGCAAGCCCUUUUCCAAGCAGCUUACCAGAUGGCCCAAUUAAUGUCCAUUGCAACCACCAAUGACUCUUCGUCUUCCACGUCAUCAUCUUCAACUUCAUCAGCGGUUUCGGAGUUGGUUGCGAAUCGCACGGUGGCGCUGGUGCAAGCUAUCCUACUGGGGGGCGCGCUGCAAGACGCCCAACAGGCUCAGCAAGCCAUCGCCGCCAUCGCCUCCCUGGCCGCGGGCUCCGCCUCCUUGCUCCCAGACGGCGCCAAGGACAACCUCAUCUCCGCUGCGAAAUCUGCCGCUCAAACCCUCAACUCCACCACCUCUGCGACCGCCGCAACCAACUUUGUCACGCAGCUUUGCCAGCUGUUGGGAGUUGCCAUGCCAACCACCACAACCACUUCCAACAGCACCACCAGCAACAGCACCAGCAGCAAUAUCACGACUGCUUCCGGAAGGCGAUUCCGAUCGCUCCUGGACACGUCAUCCUCCUCGUCUUCAUCCAGUUCCUCAGCUCAAGCCCGGCUGCAAGACCUUGUUUCCACGUCAGAUCAAAUGGGUGAUGCCCUGGGCCGACAAGCCGUGUCAGGAGGGCCCUAUCUGGCUGCAGGAAAGACGGAUGUGUACGCUUCAGCCGCAGCCAUCCCACCCAUCUCGGCUGCUGCUGCCGGCGAUGUAUCCGCAGCAAGCAUGCAGAUCUCAGCUGGGCCCAACGCCGCGGCAGCAGGAUCUGGAUCCACCUCGAUUAGCAGCAGUAGCAGCGCAAGCAGCAACAGUACGACACGUACGACAACUGGAAGCCAU